CUCAUUCAGCCGACUGGAGCUGCUCGCGAGGGGGAGCGUCCGGACCAAGAGCGCGACCGGUCCGGGGGUGGGGCCGGGCGGAGCGGCGAGAGGAGGUGAAGGUGGCCGCGGUCGGCGUGGCAGCAGCAGCAACGCAACAGAGUCGGACCCAGACCCGAACCCAAGAGCAGGGCGGUCGCCCCAAGUCCCAGCUCCCCUCCCCGUGCGCCCGCCCAUGGCGGCCGCGGGGCAGCUGUGGCUGAUUUACCUGUCGGCGGGGCUCCUGCCCCGGCUCGGGGCCGCCUUCAACUUAGACACCCGCGAGGACAAUGUGAUCCGGAAACUCGGGGAACCCGGGAGCCUCUUCGGCUUCUCCCUGGCUAUGCACUGGCAGCUGCAGCCCGAGGACAAGCGGCUGUUGCUAGUGGGAGCCCCUCAGGCCAAAGCUCUUCCUCUGCAGAGGGCCAACCGGACGGGGGGCUUGUACAGCUGUGACAUCACCUCCCAGGGGCCAUGCACGCGGAUUCAAUUUGAUAAUGAUGCUGACCCUUCAUCAGAAAGUAAGGAAGAUCAGUGGAUGGGUGUCACAGUCCAGAGCCAGGGCCCAGGGGGCAAAGUUGUGACAUGUGCUCACCGAUAUGAAAAGAGGCAGCAUGUUAAUAUGAAACAAGAAUCCCGAGACAUCUUGGGGAGGUGUUACGUCCUGAGUCAGAAUCUCAGGAUUGAAGAUGAUAUGGAUGGAGGACACUGGAGUUUUUGUGAUGGUCGUUUGAGAGGCCAUGAAAAAUUUGGUUCUUGCCAGCAAGGAGUAGCAGCUACUUUCACUAAAGAUUUUCAUUACAUUGUAUUUGGAGCCCCGGGUACUUACAACUGGAAAGGGAUUGUUCGUGUAGAGCAAAAGAAUGACACUUUUUUUGACAUGAACAUCUUUGAGGAUGGGCCUUAUGAAGUUGGUGGAGAGACUAACCGUGACGAAAGUCUAGUUCCUGUUCCUGCUAACAGUUAUUUAGGCUUUUCUUUGGACUCAGGGAAAGGUAUUGUUUCUAAAGAUGAUAUUACGUUUGUAUCUGGUGCUCCAAGAGCCAAUCACAGUGGAGCUGUGGUUUUGCUAAAAAGAGACCUGAAGUCUACACAUCUUCUCCCUGAGUACAUAUUUGAUGGGGAAGGUCUGGCCUCUUCAUUUGGCUAUGAUGUGGCAGUGGUGGACCUCAACAAAGAUGGGUGGCAAGAUAUAGUUAUUGGAGCUCCACAGUAUUUUGAUCGAGAUGGAGAAGUUGGAGGUGCUGUGUAUGUCUACAUUAACCAGCAAGGCAAAUGGAACAAUGUCAAGCCAAUUCGUCUUAAUGGAACCAAAGAUUCUAUGUUUGGCAUUGCAGUAAAAAAUAUUGGCGAUAUUAAUCAAGAUGGCUACCCAGAUAUUGCUAUUGGAGCUCCCUAUGAUGAUAUGGGAAAGGUUUUUAUCUAUCAUGGGUCCCCGAAUGGAAUAAAUACCAAACCAACACAGGUUCUCGAGGGUAAAUCACCUUAUUUUGGAUACUCAAUUGCUGGAAAUAUGGACCUUGAUAGAAAUUCCUACCCUGAUGUUGCUGUAGGUUCCCUCUCAGAUUCAGUAACUGUUUUUAGAUCCCGGCCUGUGAUUAAUAUUCAGAAAACCAUCACAGUAACACCUGACAAAAUUGAUCUCCACCAGAAAAGAUCUUGUGGGGCACCAAGUGGGAUAUGCCUCAAGGUGAAGGCCUGUUUUGAAUAUACUGCCAAACCUACUAAUUAUAAUCCUUCAAUAGUAAUUGUGGGCACAAUUGAAGCUGAAAAGGAAAGAAGAAAAUCUGGGCUGUCGUCAAGAGUUCAGUUUCAAAACCAAGCCUCUGAGCCCAAGUACACUAAAGUACUCACUCUGAGUAGGCAGAAGCAGAAGGCGUGCAUGGAGGAAACCCUCUGGCUGCAGGAAAAUAUCAGAGAUAAACUGCGUCCCAUUCCCAUAACUGCUUCAGUAGAGAUCCAAGAGUCUGGCUUUCGUAGACGAAUAAAUUCACUUCCAGAAAUCCUUCCAAUUCUGAAUUCAAAUGAACCCAAGACAGUCCAUGCAGAUGUACACUUCUUAAAAGAGGGAUGUGGAAACGACAAUAAAUGUAACAGCAACCUUCAUCUGGAGUAUAAGUUCUGUACCCGUGAAGGAAGUCAAGAAAAAUUUUCUUACUUGCCAAUUCAUAAAGAUGUGCCAGAACUAGUUCUGAAAGAUCAGAAGGAUAUUGCUUUAGAAAUAACAGUUACAAACAGGCCUUCCAAGUCAAGGAAUGGCACAAAUGUUGGUGAUGAUGCUCAUGAAGCCAAACUUAUUGCAACAUUUCCAGAUACUCUGACUUACUCUGCAUAUAGAGAACUGAGGUCUUUCCCUGAGAAACAGCUGAGCUGUGUUGCCAACCAAAAUGGCUCACAAGCAGACUGUGAGCUUGGAAAUCCUUUUAAAAGAAAUUCCAGUGUGACUUUUUAUUUGAUUUUAAGUACAACGGAGGUCACCUUUGACACCACAGAUCUGAAUAUUAAUCUGAAGUUGGAAACAACAAGCAAUCAAGAUGAUUUGGGUCCAAUUACAGCUAAAGCAAAAGUGGUUAUUGAACUGCUUUUAUCAGUCUCUGGAGUUGCUAAACCUUCCCAGGUAUAUUUUGGAGGUACAGUUAUGGGUGAGCAAGCUAUGAAAUCAGAAGACGAAGUGGGAAGUUUAAUAGAGUAUGAGUUCAGGGUAAUUAACUUAGGCAAGCCUCUUAAAAACCUCGGCACAGCAACCUUGAAUAUUCAGUGGCCAAAAGAAAUUAGCAAUGGCAAAUGGUUGCUUUAUUUGGUGAAAGUAGAAUCCAAAGGAUUGGAAAAGAUAACCUGUGAGCCACAAAAUGAAGUAAACUUCCUAAACCUAAAGGAGUCUCACAACUCAAGAAAGAAACGAGAAAUUGCUGAAAAACAGACAGAUGAUAGCAGAAAAUUUUCUUUAUUUGCCGAAAGGAAAUAUCAGACCCUUAACUGUAGUGUGAAUGUGAACUGCGUGAACAUAAGGUGCCCACUGCGAGGGCUGGACAGCAAGGCUUCUGUUGUUUUGCGCUCGAGGUUAUGGAACAGCACGUUUCUGGAGGAAUAUUCCAAACUGAACUACUUGGACAUUCUCACACGGGCUUCCAUUGAUGUGACUGCUGCUACCGAAAAUAUCAAGCUGCCAAAUGCAGGCACUCAGGUUCGUGUGACUGUAUUUCCCUCGAAGACUGUAGCUCAGUAUUCAGGAGUACCUUGGUGGAUCAUCCUGGUGGCCAUUCUUGCUGGGAUUCUGAUGCUUGCUCUAUUAGUGUUUUUACUGUGGAAGUGUGGUUUCUUCAAGAGAAAUAAGAAAGAUCAUUAUGAUGCCACAUAUCACAAGGCUGAGAUCCAUGCUCAGCCGUCUGAUAAAGAGAGGCUUACUUCUGAUGCGUAGUAUUGAUCUACUUCUGUAAUUGUGUGGAUUCUUUAAACGCUCUAGGUACGAUGAUAGCGUUCCCCAAUACCAUGCUGUAAGGAUCCGUAAAGAAGAGCGAGAGAUCAAAGAUGAAAAAUAUUACAACGAUAACCUUGAAAAAAAGCAGUGGAUCACAAAGUGGAAUGAAAAUGAAAGCUACUCUUAGGGGAGCCGCAAAAGCUCCACAGCACCCAAACUGCUUUUCUUUUUCCAUCCCAACACAGAAAUUCAGAUGGAUUUUAAGGCCCUUCAGUACCUGAAUAUUGAUUUCAGACUGACUACACAACAGUACGAACCUACAGUUUUAACUGUGGAUAUUGUUACGUAGCCUAAGGCUCUUGUUUUGCACAGCAGAAUUUAAGACUGUUGGAAUGGAUUUUUCUUUCACUGCCUUAAUUUAACUUUCUGGGUUGCUUUUGAUUUUGGUGUGGCUGACUUACAUGUGCUGGGGAAGGGCCUGCUGGGUCGUGCUUCUAUGACAUCCUCUUGAUCAUGUCGCAGAGGAAGGUACCACCCAACCUCCCAAUCUCAGCACUGCCUCUGCAAACAGUCUUCCCUUAGGAUUGGAGAACCUGCAGGUUAACUGGCCCGCAUUCCAAGAUUCUGCUGCCAGGGUAGUUGUGUUUCAGUUUAAAGUGCUGUCUUAAAUUAAAUGUGCAAUAGAAGUGACAUUGCCAUCCUGCCAUCUUUUCCCAUCUCCUAGGUGUGUGAGUGCUUGCUCACACCAAAUGCUUACAGGCUUCAUGCUCUUUUCACUAAAACACACAGGUGCGACAGAUUUGAAUGCUAGUUAUACUUAUUUGUAUAUAUUUAGCCCUGGUAUUUAUUUUGUAGUUUUACCAACCAUUUUAUUGACAGGCCAAAGAUUCUCCAGUUGACCCUGCAGGUCGGUUUAAGCAAUCAGAAUUAGAACACGGGAGGUCAUUGGUUUGACCUGCAAAGGGAAAAUACUAAUUCUUUAUAAAUGUGCUAGAGAGUUGUUUUAAUAACUUAAUCUUAUCUGUAAAUUAUAACAGCUUCUUCUGUGACAGACCCCACCCCCUUCUUCCAAACCUCAAAAGGUUUGUUUAAGAAAUAGGAUUGACUGUAAGAUAUUUCAUUCUUAUCAGAAAUUGGAUAUUUUGGAGUUUAGAGUCCUGUGUGGAUUUCUGAAUUCCAUGCUAUAACUUUCAGGAACUCUUGGAGAGAAUGAAUGGGUUUAUUCACUGAACUCCAGGGCAGUUCACUCACUGCUGCAAAUACUGUAUAUUCAGGACUUGAAAGAAAAGGUGAGAGUGCCUAUGGUGGGUCCAGACUAAUCGCCGUCCUGUGUGAGACUACUGAAAUCUGACGCCAAAAC